AUGCAAUGGGCAGCCCUUGAUUUGUUCAACAAAAAACAAGAUCCUGGUGCUGCUUGGGUUGAGGACCAGGAUUGGCACCACACAGGACAACUCUUGCGGCACGCUUCAUCGGCGCCCAAUGGACGUGCAACGACGUGCAAACGGUUGUCUCAUUGUCUCAUCGUCGUGCCCCGCGUCCGGCUGAGUCUCGACGCCGGAAUGUCGUCCCCGCGCAUCCUUCCCAUCUCGGAGUUGUGCACAGAGUCGCUUGAUUGGCCCCCAACACAGUCGCCCAAUUGCGACAGCCCGUCCGCCUCGACUGCGCCCCUCCGAUCUUCCGAUCAUAAAUGCGAUAACACGGACUGUUUGUUGUCUCUGACCGGGGACGGGAAGCCGUCGAGAUCGUUCCCGUACGGCGCACGCGACAAGCUUUCUAGAAUGAACCAGUUAGCAAGUCAUCCUGUACGACAUAAUUCAUCUCGUGUUCCCUCAAAAUCCACGCCGCUGGUCUGCUUCGAACCACAAUUUGGCCUUAGCAAGAUCCGCAUUGCAAGUGGUUGCUGGGCUGUCUCUGGCAUGUGGGAUGCAGGAUCGUGGCAGGUCUCGAAGCGGACGUUUGUCACUUCCGUUUGUGCCAGCUGA